AGCAGCGCCGGAAAAGGUAAGAGAGACAGAGAGAAGGUCCGAGAAACAACUGGAAGAGAAAUAACCCGCAGACAGGCAAAGAGGCAGACGAACAGACAGCUACCAGAGAGCUCGGCCCACAGCUCACAGCCCGAAAGUCUUCCCCGAAGACCGGUGUGAACAGCGGGUCCUCUGUCCGACCAGCAGUGUUUAUUAAUCCGCUUAAAAACACGUUAACGCCGCUGAGCUGGAGCGGCUAGCGAGCGGGGCGCUUAGCCUGACGGCAGCUAACCAAACAACACGGACUCCAACCUAGCGCGGAACGGUCAACGGAACCGGUACUGAAACCAACAAGUGUUGACAUGUAGUGAUGGGCUUUAAAGCGGACAGGCGCUGGAAAAUGAAUGUGGGUUUGUUCCGCGUAUUUGCGAGCGAGCCCGUCGUUUGCACGUAGACUUGUUGACCUGCAGUUGGACGAGGCGGACGGACAGAACGCGCUAGCUGACUGGCUAGGCGUCUGACUAGCAUAGCUUUCCGUCACCUGACAUGGUGAAGUGGAUUCAUGUAGUUCAGUGACUUAGGAUCGUGAGACUAAAGUGCAAAAAAGAAAUCUGUGAACAGUUGUAUUAUUCUCCCUUUUCGGCGUGGCAGGCCAGCCGGUCUGGGUUUCGUGCCGUGACCCUAAUCCUAAAGCUUGUCACGAGAGGAGAGCUCAGUUUUCCCCAUCUUUGUUCAGUAAACAUAAAAGAAAGUUGCAUUUGGAAGUGACUCCUUGCACACUGGACGGUGCCGCUAUGCCUCUGUUGUUUUUGGAGAGGUUUCCCUGGCCUAGCCUGCAGACCUACACUGCGCUCAGCGCGGUCCUGCUGGCCGGGUCGAUCCUAAGUGCCUACACAGCCGUAACGCAGCCCGAAUCUUCUUCGCCUUCAACGACAGAAGACGCUCGGAGCGCCUCCAUCGAGGACAUUAAAGAGGAACAAGCCGAUCGCUUUGAAAAUGUUGCCUCCAGUGUACUGCUGUAUCUCAUAUCGGACAGCUUAUUUGUUUGGGUGAUGGUGAACACCGCUUGUUGUAUCCUCAUGCUCAUCGCAAAGAUGAUCCAGUGCGUAAUUUUUGGCCCACUGCGGGUCAGCGAGAAACAGCAUUUAAAGGACAAGUUCUGGAACUUCAUCUUCUAUAAAUUCAUCUUUAUUUUUGGGGUGCUGAAUGUGCAGACAGUGGAGGAGGUAGUGCUAUGGUGUUUGUGGUUCGCUGUGCUCAUCUUUCUCCAUCUCAUGGUUCAGCUCUGUAAAGAUCGGUUUGAAUAUCUUUCUUUCUCACCAACAACUCCCAUGAGCAGUCAUGUGCGAGUACUGGUCCUGCUUGUGUCCAUGCUGCUCUGCUGUGGAGUCCUAGCUACUCUCUGUGGCUUGGUUGGACAUCUUCAUGGCAUGCAUACGGUUGCAUUUAUGGCAGCUGAGUGUUUACUUGUUACGGUGCGCACUGGACAUGUUAUCAUGAGGUACUCUAUUCACUUGUGGGACCUGAAUCAUGAAGGGACUUGGGAGAGCAAAGGCUCAUAUGUCUACUACACAGAUUUUGUUAUGGAGCUUGCCCUCCUCUGCCUUGAUCUGAUGCAUCACAUCCACAUGCUGCUCUUUGGGAAUAUCUGGCUCUCCAUGGCGAGUCUGGUGAUUUUUAUGCAGCUGCGCUAUCUCUUCCAUGAGGUGCAGCGGAGAAUCCGUCGUCACAAGAACUACUUGCGUGUCAUUGACAACAUGGAGUCCAGAUUUGCAGUAGCAACCCCUGAUGAGCUGGUUGCCAAUAACGAUGACUGUGCAAUCUGUUGGGAUUCAAUGACCUCAGCAAGGAAACUACCCUGUGGACACCUCUUCCACAAUUCUUGCCUGCGCUCAUGGCUGGAGCAGGAUACCUCUUGUCCAACAUGUCGUAUGUCGCUGAACAUCAAUGAAGGUGGGAGAGAGAGGGAGGAGGGCCAGAGAGCACCAAUGGAUGACAACAUGGCUGCAGGUCCUGGGGCUGAUGCCAGACCGCACCUCAACCAACAUAACCACUUCUUUCACUUUGAUGGCUCCCGAAUUGCUAGUUGGCUCCCAAGCUUUUCUGUGGAGGUCAUGCAUACUCCCAACAUCCUGAGCAUUGCACAGGCCAACAACUCUCAGCUCAACGCGAUGGCGCAUCAGAUCCAGGAGAUGUUUCCCCAGGUUCCUUACCACCUGGUUCUACAGGAUCUGCAGCUCACUCGUUCUGUGGAAGUCACCACUGACAACAUCCUGGAGGGCAGGAUCCAGGUGCCCUUCCCUGCUCAGCCUUUGGAGCGUACACUCUUACAAGUGAACCCUGCCCCAGAGGAGCCAGCGGGAGCCAGCGGAGGUCCAGAAGUCUCUGCUGCAGAGACGGAGGACUUUGAGGUCCGGGGCAGUCGCUUCUCGAAGUCUGCAGAAGAGAGACAGAGGAUGCUGUUGCAGAGGAAGGAGGAGCUGUUACAGAGAGCGCGCAGACGCUACCUGAACAAAAGUUCUGGAGAAGAAGGAGCUUCAUCCUUUGCUGCUGCUGCAGCUGUUGACCCUGAGAGUGAUGAUACUGUGCCCUCUCUGGAAGAUGAACGUUCCAGCUCGGACUCUAUGACCGUGCGUCGCAGGAUGCUAGCAGCUGCAGCUGAGCGUCGCAUGCAGAGACAGCCAGACGCACCCCUCUGAGGCAGGACAGCCCAUAUGUGCACAUCCAGCUAUGCCCCCUCCUGACCUUCCCAUGGCUGUUUCUGUGACGACAGGGAUGUAUCUUCUGGUCACUCUCAUUUUAAGUCAGGCAAAAUUGUGCAUGACACUUGCCUGUGUUGUGAAACAGCUGUGUCUAACAGGUAUCUCUAGCAGCUCGGGUGUGUUUCAGAUAAGUUUCUGUGUCUGCUCAGUCUUAAUCCUUAUCUAUUGCACAGUGUUCACAUAUGACACCAGCUUGGCUGUGCUCUGCGGAAAAGUCUAUGCAUGUGUCAUUUUUACCUUAAGUCUCUCAUCUGUCUGAAGAACAAUGGGCAUGUCACUGUAGUUCGUAAAGGAACCUGUUUAACCUUGGGACAGAAUUACAAAUCUGAAUCCUGUUGUUUCUUUUUAGAGUCCUUUUUAGUGUUUUAAAAUGGGGUGUCAGAAGAUGAUGUGGCACGAGCAUCAUUCAUUGAAGGUCCAUUCAGGACCAUAUCAGUGCAAGCAUACUUUUUAUUGACUUUAGUUUGGGAGUGUGGUGUGCUAGUUUUGAUUAUUUUAAUCUAAAUGCUAACAUUUUAGUACCUUAGUUAAGCAUGGGCUGUGGCCAGUGAUCAGCUACGUGCAUUCUUAAGUGAUCUGUUGCUCCAUCUACACGAGCAGAUAUUUUUCUGGCUUUGAUGAAAUUUCAUGGAAAAAAUUCUGGGCAAAAGUUGAGGCGUAAUUUGCUUCAUGGUUUUUGUUUCACAAUAUCUGACAGUGCGGUAUAGUGCUGUAGACCUUGGUGUAUCUUUUUAAAGCAAUCAGAGACUGCUCAAAUGAUUUGAAUGCCUGUCAUCUGAUCCCAGUCCAUGUUUAUGGGGUUGUGAAGAUGACAAACUGGCAGUUGUAGCCAGCUGAGGCCCAUAGCCUCAACUAGCUUUGUUCAGCGUCUCACUGGAAAAGUGUGCAAACAAAAUUGGAGAGAGGGUAUACAUGUUUGUCUAAUCAUUUCUCGUCCGUGUUUUUACACUAUGCUAAUAUUUCUACUUUCAUAUUUGCAUUCGGUUGUCUUCGAUGGUUAUUACUGUAGACGUGAUGGGUGGAAUGUUACCGUGUGCCAUGUUAGUGCUCUGUUUUGUGGUACAUGUAGAGAGAAAGUGAGGUGCACACAGUUGAUUAGGGUGUUUUGGGAGAUAUGAGUAAAGAUGGAAAACAGGAAAGCUGUAGUGUGUACAUAUAUAUUAACUCAGUUUUGAGUUAUACUUUGAUUGCUUUAUGUUUGGCAGAUUUCUAAUUCAACAUGCCACAAAGCUUUCUUUUUUGCUUGUAAUUUUGGAGCAUUUGUUUAAUUAUUUUAAUUAAUGUAUUUUAAGCAACACAGAACCUUAAGUUAAAUCAAACUGAAGGUUUACUGUAGGGUCAUUUUGCAUGCCAGCAGUCACAGCGUUCGGCAGUUCUGCAGUCUGACUUUUGGAGUGCAGCUGAAGGCAGAAAGUGUCCCAGUGUUAAUAAUAAUAAUAAUAAUAAUAAUAAUAAUAAUAAUAAUAACUUGUUUUUAAGCUGACCUUUGGAGUGAACAAUAAUAUUUACAAGGUGGUGCAAGGUGCUAGUAGCAAGCUAUUAACCAGAUAUCCCCAACUAGAAAAGCGUUGAUACUACAGCAUUUUUUUUUUUCGACCUUGGUUAAGAGUUGGAGGACUUUAAACUGCUCUUGUCUAUGUAGUGAUGUGCUGUCACUACUGUUUUACACUGUGAACCUAUUUUAUCUGAUGUUUUUCUCUUAGAGUUUCAUAAAUACCAACUAUUUUAUGUUCUGUCUUUCUUUUAUGGUCUGCCUCUCUCUAUGCAUGAAGUCACUGUUUGUGAUGUAUCUGUCUUAUAUUUCCUAACCAAGUAUUCCCAAAGACUGUGCUACAGGUGAUUGAUUGUUACCUGAGGUUGGAGAUUGUGAUAAGUAUUCUUAACAUAUACAGCUUUUUCUUUAACCUUGGGUCAGUUCUGGGGCUCUGUGGUGUGGUUACACAGCUGCACCUUAGAUCAGUAUUUCUGUAACUGAUUUAUAUGAUUCACUUUAUGACAAUUAACAAAAAUGUGAUUCCCUUCUGGCUGUGUAUUCUAAAUCUGAAUGAACUCUCUGAAUGCUUUUUGUAUACAUGAUUUUUUCAUUUGUGCCUAAAUUCAACAGUGGAUCGAGGAUUGUUUGAAUUGUGUAAAUAAUUUUGUAAGAAAGACUGUAUAAUAAAUGUGAAAUGACCCUGUACAAAAUAAAAUUCAGAGCUACUAUAGAGGCUUUUAAUGAA